AUGCCACGACCGAAGAAAAAGUUGGAUUCUCCCGUUUCGGUGUCGAAACCAAGGGAGCUGCCGCAAUCACUGACCGCUGGCAGAAGUCGUAGGACCAUCAAGCCUAACCCAAAGUACAUGAACGACGAAAUGCUCGUGUCGUCUGCUAAGGGAUCGUUAGAAGAAAAUGAGCUUAGCGACGAAGAAUAUCUCCUCGAGUUCGACAAUGAUGAUCCAGAAGAUUCCGGUUUAAUUCUUCGUAAAACGACGGUCGUUACAAACACACCGCAGACGGAUGGGCAGCCAAAGCGGCGGGGUCGUCCUCCGAAGCCCAAACCCUUGGAAGCUCCUAGAACCGAACCAGUAAAAAAUCUCCGUAAGGAGGUGUUGAAAAAGAUGGAUUAUAAAACUAUCAGCAUCAGCAAAUCCAGGAGCCUGGGAGGACAGCUAAUGCACGAUGGAAGACGUAAAUUAGACUUGACCAUGGAUUCCAUGGAUACAGAUUCUGGCGAUCAGGACGAUUUGGACGAAAUGGAGGCGCUUUCUUCUAGAUCGAAUGAUGACAGUGGCGAGCACAUGAGUCGUUCGCAAAAGCUGCUCAAUCCGACUGCAUAUAAAAAGCACCUCUCUGGACAAACAAUUUUGGAUCGGAGAGGUAGCGGCACCAACAAGAGCUCCAUUGCGAGCAAAACUACCGGUGGUGGUACCACAGAGGAAGAUGAAUUUGAUGACGAUGAAGAUUUCUACAAUGAUAGUGACGCCAAAAUGAGCGAACCGGAGCCGCCUUCCCCGGUGAAGCGUCCUGUUGGACGGCCUCGAAAGCACCCUAUUAAACAGAUUUCUCCAUUCAGCGGUAAAGUGCUGCUACCCGGAAUGAAGGCAACUUCCGCUGGCGGCACUUUGAAGCGCAAGGCAAUGGAAAUGGACGAUGACGCAAAACACGAAUCUUCGCAGUCCAAGAUGCUGCGGCGGUCGUACGGACUGAAGAGCAUGCAUGUACAAAAUCAAUCGAAUGAAGUGGAUUCGGAUGAGAAUGAUAAAGGCAAAGUGAAACAGAUGAGUAGAGCGGCAUCGUUUUCUAGUUUACCACGUGGCCCAGGACGCCCUCCGAAGAAUGCCGUUUAUUCAGGAAGAACGGACAAAUUCGGCCGCCUGCUUGCAAAUGAUGGUAGUAUUGCCGUAGGUAACCGGUCGUUCACAGAUGGUAAGGUGUCGAAAUCGCCUACAAUAACGAUCGUCAACGUGAAUGAUAUUAUGAAGAUGAAAUCGAAAAGUUUGUCUGAUGUCCGACGAAGGAUGGAGGAAGAGCAGGAUUCGGAGGACGUUUCCGAAAUAGAAGAGAUGGUAUCGAGUCGUAAACAGGACACCGAUGGUGCGGGCGAUAGACCGAAAACAAACAACCAGCUGGUAGCGACUAUCCUCGAGCGAAAGAGACCGAUUCCGCUGGAUAACUUACAAGAUGUGCGUAAGCGAAUUCGUCAAGCGGACAUGAUGCGCAACAAAGCAUCGCUGAAGGCGAAACGUCUCUCAAGGGGUGCUGCUGAAUUGCUCACGGAGGAUGAAAUAGUUGAUUUCGAGGACAUGCUUCAAAAAAAUAUUGUCAGCGCAAACUCAAGCUCCCGGCUAGUUACGGUUGGUGCGAUUCGUGAUCGCGGACGGGCGUCUGAAAAUGCACAGAAUGAAAACUACAACAAAGCAAGCAAAGAUGGCCGUUAUAUGCAAAACAAUCGACUCGGCGCAGGCAAACGCACGUUACAGCCACCUCGAAUACUGAAUGCCACUAUGAAGUUGGGCAAUAAUCGUGCAAGCUCAAAGCAAUCUACCGGCUCGGGUGAUAAUCACUAUUCGAUUGAUCUUACCGAUCCGGAUAACAACGUAAAGCUGGUGUCGACGUCAGAAAAUUCGCCAAUUAAGCGUAUGCCUUCCACCGUUGGGGGCCAAAUGUUUUCUUCUGGCCAGAGAUUAAGCGGCAUGAUAAAACAAGGACAGAUGCAACGCACAAUUCCACAGGAGGCGAAGAAAAAGAGAGUAACGUGCUACGAGACGUGGAAUGUGAUACACAUCAAAUCGACCGAUUCCUGCAUCAAACAGCCAACGUUUGCACUGUCCAUGAUUGGUCUCGGUAAUAUUGCCACAGAUAUAAAGAUGCCCUCGGAAGCCUGGUCCUUGCGGACGGUACUCGAAAAGAGAAAAGUGGGUCCGGUCGAGGGUGGCGAAAUUUUCUGCGGAGAAACACAGGACAACGCUGUGUCGGAGGAAGACAAACAAAAUUACGAACCCAACCGAGUAAUGUUCCGCCGCAAGGCGUCUACUCCGGGGCGGUUCAAUGUGCAGUACGAUCGCGCUGUGAUCUUCAGCAACGACACGUACACCGUGAACGUCGACGGUCAGAGCUGCAAGUUGAUGGCCGCACCGAGCAGGCUGGAAACGGUACAAGAUAUUGAAACGUUGCUGAAAAUAGUCGACUACGUGGAUUUGAAGAAUGGUUGCGUCGAAUUGAUCGCAUCUGCCCGUGUCGAAGGAGCAACGAUCAAGCGGGUUAUUACCAGCAGCAAAGAUAUAAUGUAGUAAUCUAGAAAUUUAGCUCGGAUGGCAAACACUAGGAACAACGGGAACAACAGAUGAAGGGAGACACAAUUGCCAGACGCUGCUUGGAUCAUAAUGCAACAACUGUUGUGUUACAUUUGUUAUGUUUUGUACAAAUGAUUAAGGUAACUAUGCGCUAGGCAAGUAGUUUUCGAAAGUAUCAUGUACAUCUCUAGUAUGACCCAAU